GAUUUGCCCCAUUGCUUUCCCGCCUGCCUAUGAUACAAAAUCUCAUAUCUCCACCCCAGGCCCUAAUUGCUUUACUCAUUAUUUAUUACUCGUUAACGGUCUGUCAGUGUAAACCCACAAGUCUGGAACAUCCGAACCACCCGCCCUCAACAGAUCGACCUUGACCCCCCCUACAACGACGGCCGGCUCGAACAAUAUGGACCCCACGCUCAAAAACCCCUUUCCUGCCACUACCAAACGGGCGACCUCCGCAAUAGAUGGAAUAUCUACCGAAUCAACAGUAGUUUACUUUUCCGAUAAGAUAAUGAUUACCCUAAGCCAAGACGGCAGGCUUGCUCAAUGGGUAGCUAUCCCAUCACUUUUCCGACGGCGGAGACGAUGUUUAUGCUGAUCGUGAUAGUUUCAUGUACCGUUGGACACCAACAAUUCAGCACUCAUCGGAACUCAAUCCGCUGAAGACGAAGAUGGUCUGCUCCCACUUACCCACUUAACACCCACCACAUUGCUUGGCGGGGCGAUCCAAUCAAGAGAAUCGUUAGGACAAUUGAUCGCAGUCCAGCUUGCUUCAGUCGUAUCCAUGAGAAACAAAGAUGAAGGAAGGAUGGUGGUUUUGGGAUUAGGAUUGGUGAAGGAGGAGCUAGAGAGGAGUGGGUUCAUCCAACUCAUCGAACUAGUCGGAAAGUGCCUAUAAUAUUUAUUUAAGCCCAGUUAGAGCAAUUGUUCAUUGAAGGGUCCUCUGGUCGCUUAGCUCCUUUCCUUUUGCUAAUAAGUUAAAUCUAACGAGCAAUCCGGGGCUGCCGCUGGUUGGUAACCUUCUAAGGGGUUUAGCUGCUUAUAGUGGGGGUAUUCAAAGUUAAAAGAAGGUGCUUUCAGUGACAAGUAAACACAGGAAGUCGCAUUAGGCUACUUGCUGGAGAAGGUAGAUAAGUGUUCUCCAGGUCUGCUAUCAUAAUUUGGGAUUUUAUUUCAACUUCGAAUACUCCUAGUGAGGGGCAUCUGACUGGGCCUGGGCCAUGGUACCAAACACCCCAUUCCAGAGCAGCUCGAAUGAGACCUCAUCCAUCCGGGCUCGAGGUGUGGCGAGAGGUUUUUAGUAUCCACUUUGUUUUGAAGAUUGGC